AUUCGCGAACUUUAUAAUGAUUGGAUGACAAAUGAAAUUCAUGAAUUAACUCUAUCUGAACGUAUUAAAAAACCUUCAUAUUCUUUAGUAUUUAAAACUGAUAAUUCCGAAGAUGAUAUGAUUUUUAACUAUGAUAGUCUUAUAGUAGAUAAAGAAAAUAAGAAAAAUAAUGAGUUAAUUGGAGAUAACGAAUUUAGAGAGGAAGAAUUUAGAGAAAAGGAUUACAAUAAUUGGGAUGAUAUUAAUUUUGCUAAUCACUCUGAUUCAGUUUCAGAGCCAGAGCUAGAAGAUUCUGAAUCAGAACAGUAA